UAUAGUACUCCGUAUUAUAUAAAGACUAUAUAUAGAUACAUUAGCUAACCCAAAACUUCCAUUCGGCCAGUCACAAAUAGUUCUAAAAAUAUAUAUACAUAUAUAUAUCAACUGGGAAAGGUUUGAGCAAGUAGAAGAGAUAGGACCAAUUUGAGAAAAUAGCUUCGGGUCCAAUAUUACUAACGUUUCUCAUAUAAGGUCAGUACGUUUCCGCCUCAUUUUAUUUAAUGGGUAUUUUAAUACUAUCAUAUUAAUAUAAUUUUUCCGUCACUGUUCCUGAAAUGUUAUGGGGAUGAUGAAUGUUGUAUAAGUUUAGAAAUGUUAUACAUGCUCUCAAUAUGUGAGUUUCAAUUUAUAUGUAGUAUAAAUUUUAGACUCAUAUUUGAUCGUCAUUAACUAAUGUAUUGAUUUAAAAACAAAAAAAGGAGUAAGUCUAUUGGAAGUUAUAAGAAGCUAUAACUUGAAGACAUCUCCAGAAUAUGAACCGUCAUAUUAUGAUACCCGUACAUGUAUGUGAAAUGAAUAGUAUAUUUAACACAGGUGUAAUGAUAAAAUGACUUCCGGUAGCAGCAGCUACUCAAUUAAUCAAUUACUUAUUUAUUAAUUGAUAUGAAGUAUGCACGUAUAUGUAUUGUUUACAUACAUUCCACGUGCUUUAAUUAAUUACUAUUAUCAUUUAUUAGCUAGCUUAGUAGUGUUGGAUUAUUUUCAAAGAUGAAAGUUGACUUGUGUUCUACAUUGUUGGAUUAAAGUUCCAACUUCAUUAGUGGACUUGUAAUUAUGUGGCAGAUUUAGUAUGACUAUGUAUUAUUAUUAUGUAUAUAUGUAUGUAUAUAUGAUGAUAUAUAUAGUCAUAGCUUAAUACACAUACAUGUGUGACUUGGAUGACCCAUAAUGAUUAAUAUAUAUAUAUAUAUAUAUAUUAUUUUAAUAUAUAUAUGUAUGUUUAUGUAACGAGAUAAACAUGUUGGACAGUUAGUUAACUGCCAAACGGUCAAAGGACACAAGCAAUGGCAAAUAACUGCCAUGCGGCCAAAGGAUUCAACGAAUAGUCAUGUACUCCCUAUUUAUAUUACUUAAGUUUCGUUUUUCAGUGUUAGAAUUUUUCUUCUUGAUUUUUACUUCGAAAAAUAAGUAUACACAUUCUGCAGAUGUGUAUGAUACAUUAACAAGGCUAUUAGUUAUAGAGUAUUUACGAUUAGAUUAUUAAGUGCAAAUAAUCUAAUGAGGCUUCAUUGUAUCCUAAAGGCAAUUCGUUGGACCAUAUGCACUACUUUAUAUGGGACGUAUUUCGCCUAAAGGAAAGCGAUUUGAUCAUGACUUGAAGCCUGAGUAGUUCUACUCUCUAUUUUCAGUUUAUUGUUAAAUAAGUAGUUUUUCAAUAAAGUUUAGUGUUCUAGUUUUCCAACAAUCUUUAGGCGAAAUAAGUUAGUUUUUUGGAUAAUGGCGAAUCUGCAACAAUUAACCACCGACUUUGUGAAGUUGGAAAAAUUUGAAGGAGGAAACUACAUGCGUUGGCAGAAGAAGAUCAAGUUCCUGUUGUUCAAUUUGAAGGUUGAUUAUGUUCUGACCACACCAAAGCCCGAGGAAUCCGAGAGUGAAACCAUGGCUGAUGAAAAGGCGAGGAUCAAGUGGUUGAACGAUGAUGAAAUAUGCAAAGGACAUAUUCUAAAUGCUCUAUCGGAUGGUCUGUUCGAUGUGUACCAGAACACCCCUACCGCAAAGGAGCUGAGGGAGACUUUGAACAAUCGCUACUUGACUGAAGAUGUGACUAGACAAAUGAAACAGUUAAACUUAAACAUGGAUGAGACUAUUUCUGUUUCAUGCAUCCUAGACAAACUGCCUCCCUCAUGGAAAGAGUUUCGGAAAAGUCUGAAACGAAAGAAGGAAGAUAUGUCUCUACGAGACCUCGGGACACAUAUUCGUGUUGAGGAAGAGACAAGGAAACUUGAAAAAAGGGAUCAACCCGAAUCUUCCAAAAUCAAUAUGAUUGAGGAAGGAAAGCCUGGACAGAAUUCUAAACAUUCUGGAAAGAAAAGGAAGUCAAAUGAUGAUGGACCUAAGGAGAAUCACAGCAACAAAAAGAAGAAAGUCACAUGUUGGUACUGUAGUAAAGUCGGCCACAUAAAACGUGAUUGCCGAUUUUACAAUCAGAAACAUGGCAAUAAAAGCAAAGAUAAAGGCAAAGAAAAAUUUGUUGCUGUUAUCACGGAAGCCAAUAUGGUGGAAGAUGACGGUUCCUGGUUUAUUGAUUCUGGUACUACCAAGCAUGUGUGCAAGGAUAGGAGUAUGUUUACAUCCUAUGAGGCUCUUCAAGAUGGAAGUGUCAUGUACAUGGGGAAUUCUUCUACUGUUAUGAUCAAAGGUGUUGGACAAGUUGAUCUAGAAUUUACUUCUGGAAAAAUGUUGUCUAUAACUAAUGUGUAUCGUGUACCUGAUGUUAGAAAGAAUCUGGUGUCUGUAGCUCUCCUUAACAAACAUGGUUUUAAACUGGUGUUUGAGGGUGAUAAAUUUGUACUGACUAAAGGGGGGGUAUUUGUAGGAAAGGGAUAUCUGUACGGAGG